UUAAGUUAUAAUUCACAUAAUGAGAUGAAUAAGAUUAUCUCAUUUUUCAAUAAGGUUCAAGAUGUUUAUCAGGAUUCUUCUUCCUUGUACUUAGUAAACACUUUGCAUUUGAACAAUUUCUUAAACUGGAUUGUAUUGGUACAAUGUUCGACUUCUUUGCUUAAUCCAUUCUAUAAUUUAAAGAGCUUUAUUAAUUACGAAGCCAUAUUCAGAACUGGUGUUAAAAAUGCAAGUAGACCAGUUGUGGUUACGUGCUGGCACAAAAGAGACCUUAAGUGUUAAAUUAAAAAGUCUAUAAUUCAUUAAUAUAUACUCAUUAAUAGAUCAUAUUUAAAUAUUAGUAUACAAUAUACACAAAUGUUUUGUUUUAGAAAAAAAGCAAAUUAUGUUAGAAAAAAAAAAGAAUAAAAAGGUAAAUAUUAUAGAUUAAAAAUUGUUUUUGUUGUUGGACCUUUACCACAUUUGUAUUAUUUUGUUUUAGUAUUUUGUGUUGUUAAAUCCUUAACUUUGAACUCUUCCAGUAAUGCCUAUAGAGUUGCAUCAUGUGCAGGUGCUUGUCAACCAAAACAACACCACGUCUCACUAGUUUUAUUACAAUAAUAACAUUCGAAACCUAAUGACGUGGGUCAUCGCGGCAUUGGCGUUCAAAGUUCAGCGCUCCUCUGAAGUCUGAGUCGCCACCAGCUUAAUUGAUUAACCAUUAACUGUCACUGUGACACUUGCAUGGAAGAUCAACUUUAAGACUUUAGGGUUACUUUGCUCUUAUAUUAAUCUAAUUUGUUGUCAUUUAAAUGGGAAAUUACUUCAUCACAUUGCAGUAAGUCCUGAUUGUUUUUUUCGCGUGUGCGACAGAACAUGGCCGUGUACAAGCCAAAGGUGAUUUCUCUAACCAAGAGGCCGAGUCAGACAUUCGGUUUCUACUUGAGGGUGGAGCACGGCGAGGAUGGUCACCUGAUUCGCUGCUUGGACAUGGGUGGUCCCGCUGAGCUGUCAGGCAUGAAGGAUGGAGACCGAAUCCUCCGAGUGAAUGGCAAAUUUAUCGAUGGACUUUCCCAUUCUGAGGUGGUUGAGCUAGUGAGAAGCAGCGGGGCCACAGUCAACUUCCACAUUCUGGAUGAAGCUUCUUACAAGCAGGCGAAGAAUCAAGGAGUAAACCUGGGUGAGCCUCAUCUUACACCAGCAGUCAGCACUGUGGUCCAACAACCUCUAAAACCCAGACUCUGCUACCUGGUCAAGUCAAGCUCUGGUUAUGGCUUCUCUCUUCGCUCGAUUAAAGGCGAGCAGGGCAUUUUUGUGACGGAGGUGGUGCCCGGCAGCACGUCAGACCGGGCUGGUGUCAAAGUCAACGACCGUCUUGUGGAAAUCAACGGGGAGAACGUAGAGAGUGCCGCUCACGAACAAGUGGUGGACAAGAUCAAGACAGCGGGCAACAGCCUCAUGUUCCUCCUGGUGGACAACGAGGCGGACAGGUACUACCAGAGCGUGCACAUGAAGAUAACUGCGCGCUUUGCAACUACCAAGUGUCUCCCUCAUCAUCCACGCAUCGUCCACCUCACCAAAGGGCCCGGUGGUUACGGCUUCCUGCUCAAAGAGGAGCCCAAUAUUGAAGGACACAUCAUUAGGGACGUAGACAGAGCGAGUCCAGCCGAGAGAGAAGGUCUCAGGGACAUGGAUAGGCUGGUGGCUGUGGACGGCCAGGAGGUGAACAGCUGUACUCAUGAACAGGUGGUGGACAUGAUCAGGCUUGGUGGCAACAAAUGCUGCUUCCUAGUGGUGGACAAGGACACUGACCUUGUGUUUGCUCAGGCUAAAGUGUCACCGAUGCUUUUCUGGGAGGAGGAGAAGGACUCUCUUUCCCCACCUAGUUACUCCGAGGCAAUUACCUUACCCGCCCUGGUUAAACCAUCCACACCUGCUCAGGAGGAGAUGGACAAGAAUGAGGAGCUCAAAACUAAAUUGUGUAAGAUGGAGAAGACAGCAGCUGGAUUUGGCUUCCACCUAAACGGCAUCCAGGGUGUGUUUGGCCAGUACAUUACAGAGGUGGUGAAGGGCGGAGUCGCCGACCAGGCCGAUCUGGAGAACGGCGACAUGGUGGUGGAGGUCAAUGGGAAGAAUGUGGAGAAGAGCCUCCACGAGGAUGUGGUUGCCAUGAUCCGCAGCAGUGGAAGCUCUCUGGAGCUGCUGGUGGUCCCAAAGAGCGUUUCCGAUCAAGUCAAGGAUAAAGGGGUCCCCAUCACACGGGACCUUGUGCAGGAGACGUCACAAGCGCAGGUUCACAACCAAGAGGAGGCACAGCAAACUCCCACUAAAGAAAGGACCGCAUCAGUGUCUUCAUCUUGUUCUCAAAGUAGUUUGGAUGACAGACUUUAAGAGGGCACAACACUCAAACUGAAUCGAAACUGCUUUGCCUCAUUUUACACCUGCUGGUCCCAAUAUUCGGUACAUCUCUGUUGCAGCACAAAAAAAUAUGUUUUAUUAUUAUUGUGGUUCUAUGUAUUAUUUUAUUAAUGGAUGUCAUUCGGGGUACCUAAUGUUGUGGGCAGAUUAAAACAAAUAUAAUUGACAAUGACAAAAUUGACAAUGUCAAGAGCACAGCCAAUCCAAAUCUGACAAAAAUGAGUACACCCCUCACAUUUGAACAGGCAUUUUAUGAUUUCCUCUUAAGGGACAAUACUAUAGAAAGUAAACUGGAUAUAACUUAA